AAAGAUACCAUCAAGUUCAGGCACCCGGCACCUCUCUCUCUAGAUCUCUCUCUCUCAUGCACACAGCGCCAUGUCCAGACCUUUCCUGGCCACCGUCCUCCUCGGCCUGAUCACCGUGCUCAUCAGCAGCACGGCGUCGGCGGACACGCCGCCGGACUGCCCGUACCCGUGCCUGCCGCCGCCAUCCUCUGGAGGAGCCAUCAAUAGCUACCCGCCGCCGCAACCGUCAACAGGCGGCUUCGGCGGCAGCUACCCGCCGCCUCCGCCGGGGAGCUACCAGCUGACUCCGCCGGGGGUGAUGCCGGGCUUCUCCCCGCCGUACAGUGGAUUCCCGUCCGGGCCGGCCCCGCCGCCGCCGAACCCGGUCCUGCCGUGGUUCCCGUGGUACUACCAGCACACCAACCCGAUCGCGGGGACGUCGUCGGCGUCCUCACCGGCCAUGGAUGGGAGGUCGAGGAUCACGGUUGGCGUGCUGCUCCCUCUGUCCUUACUCGUUCUUCUACUUCCUGUACUGUAGAGAGUAUCUGUCGGUGGGCAAGUCCAUUCCUAUACGAGCUAGUUUAGGUGGUUUAUUUUGUUGUUUUAAUUUGUACAAGUGCUUGAAUUAUAUAUAGAGAAUAUAUAAAUCAUUCUGUCAGAUAUAGUUAUUUAUUAAUUGCAGUAUUUUUUGUUUGUGUCUCCUCACAUCCUUCCUUAAAUUUGUUUGUAUAGAUGGAGCAAACAUAUCUAUAUUGUUGGCUUGUUCAGACUUCA